AUGGGUCCGACAGGCCGCCUGGUGACCAUCAAAAGGAGCGGGCUGGACGGCCCCCACUUCCCACUGAGCCUGAGCACCUGCUUGUUCGGGAGGAGUAUUGAGUGUGACAUUCGCAUCCAGCUUCCUGUCGUGUCCAAACAGCACUGCAAAAUUGAAGUCAAUGACCAGAAGGCAGUCUUGAUUAAUUUCAGCGCCACAAACCCAACACAGGUGAAUGGAUCUGCCAUCGACGGGCCUGUGCAACUCAAGCACGGGGACGUGAUCACGGUCAUUGACCGCUCCUUCAGGUAUGAAAAUGACAGUCAUCAGAACGGGAGCAAGUCAACCGAAUUUCCAGGACAAAGACGUGACCAGGCAUCUCCGAGUCGGGUCUCGAGGUCUAGCUUCUCUUCCAACCCCGAUGGGAAAGUUCAAGAUCCCCAUGCUGCCCGCUCACAAGUCACUGAAGAGGGAGGCUCAGGAGGGGCCCUGGAGCGCAGGGAGCGCGUCGGGGCGGCCCGCACCCCCUCAUGCGGCUCAGGUCCCGCUACCAAAGGCACAGCAGAUGUGGGUUCCUCGGAGCCCCCCGGAGACAACCACGGAAACGCAGCGGGGCCCCUUGCUGGGGGGUUCGGAGCGGGCUCCCGUGUGACCGCCGCGAGCUGGAAUGGAGGACAGGAUCUGGAGAAGGAUGGGGAGAAUGAGUCUCCCUUCCGGAAGCUCUAUGAGUCUAUGAAGGAAGAGUUCGAUGUGAAACCAGAGAAAGAGACUGUUCCACAGAAUCGCAGAAAAUCGGGAUCCCGGGCUCAUGGUGCAUCCGAAUCCGAAAGUGCGACUCAGCCCCGGGUCUCCCCCAAGGCCAGGCGGAGAUCCGGCCGGAGCGGCCAGACCGAGGCCGAGAGCGCGGGCGAGGGACUGGGUCAGACUCCAGAGGCCACCGCGAGUCCCGGCAGGCCCCCCACAGAGAUGCCCAAAGCCAAGGCCCCAGUCCAGGGGUCACAGCACCACUCCUCACAGAAACGGCGGAGCGGAGGCCUGAGCGUCACCCGCGGGGGUGAGCCUGUGAGUGUGCAGCGCCGGGAAGACCUCGGGGCAGACGGCGCCGCGGCUGCUCCCAGGAGGCUCUCGGCCGGACAGCAGACGCCCUCUAACGGCGCAAGCGCUGGCGACCCCGGAAACACGGCAGAAAAGGUCUCUUCCAGGAAAAGGAGAAGGAGCCUGUCCCCCAGCGCCGGCGUGCUCACCACAGGAGCAGACACCCCAAAGCAAGCCCUGCUGUCCCCGCUGCGGGUCCCCCCGGAGCGGAAGGUUCCAGGCGGGGCCCUGGGCACGCCCAGGCAGCAGGGCGCCGCCGCCGGGCCCCCGGGCCUCAGUGCCGUGGAUGUCAGCAAUGUCGGCGAUUCCCUCAGUAAGACUGAGGGGAAGCCCUUAAAAAGAAGGCGGGUCUCCUUUGGGGGUCAUCUGAGACCUGAGUUAUUUGAUGAAAACUUACCUCCUAACACACCUCUCAAAAGAGGAGAGACACCGAUGAAAAGACGCUCUCUGGUAACCCACACUCCACCUGUCCUGAAGAAGAUCAUCAAGGAACAGCCUCAGCCAUCAGAAAAGGGAGAAUCUUCAGGAACCCGUUUGGAGGUGACCACGCAAAACAUGUUUACGGGCUCCCCAGUGCACAGUCCUGCGCAAACGGCUCCACUUGCAAAUGACGGUCGCCGGCGCUCCCCCAAAUCACCCGCCUCGAGUGGCAGCAAAUCUCCACAUCAAGCAGAUGCCCCCAAGAGGGGAGGCCGGAGGAGCAGCAGCGGGCCCGCCAGGAGGGCCUCUGUGGACCGGAGCCAACGUGGAAUCCUGCAGACCAUCCACUCCCGGCGGCGGAGCGGAGCCUCGGAAGCCAAUCUGAUGGUGUCGAGGUCGUGGGCAGACGUGGUGAAACUUUGUGCCAAACAAACGCAAACUAAAGUCGUGAGACAUGGUCCCCCAAGACCGCCGAGCAAAAGGCAGAGAAGAGUGAACACCCCAAAGAAGCCUUUGGCCAGCGUUCACCAUGAGUUCAGCACCGGCCACGCCGCCUCUCCCUGCACCAUCGUGAUCGGGAAAGCUCACAUCGCAAAGGUCAGCGCGCCUGCUCGGCCCUACAGAAUGCUGAACAACUUCGUGAUCAACAAAAAAAUCGACUUCAGUGAAGACCUUUCCGGGUUAACCGAAAUGUUCAAGACCCCAGCAAAAGAGAAGCCACAAACAACGAACAUAGGUCCCACCGCUUUUUCAAAGUCAGAGGACUUGCUUGGGAAAAAGUUCCAAGUACUUAACUCAGAAGACAGACCUCUGCUGUGCACCCCAGAAAAGUCUGGAAAAAAGAAUCCGAAUGCACCAGAAGAGCCAGGGGAUAAACAGUCUUCAAGCCCAGCCCUAACACAACAGUAUGUUACAGUCAAUGGAAAUGUGAAAACCCCACGAUCGGAGACAGAGCCUCCGAAGGCAGCAUCCAGCACAAACAAAUUGAGGAGGUCCGUGGAGCUCAGAAAUAUGCAGGUGACAAGUGCAGAAUGUGAAAAGGAUGACAAAGAAGUCGACACUGUCCAGAACAUCUUGGGAAGAUGUCUGAGAAAGUCAUCAGUACAAGCACAACUACCAGAGGGAGAGAUGAAGGAAAGGGAAAGAUCCUUUGAAACAUGUAAGAAAAAUACUGAACCAAAAGAAAAUUCUGAAAAACGGAUCACUGGGAGGAGAUCGAGAAGAUCAUCAGAGCUGAAAUGUACACCAAGAGCAGGCCUGAUCCCCAUCCAGAGAUUGCAAGAGACGGAAUCUAAGGAAGACCUGGAGGGCAGCCACAGUUUCCUCCAAAACCCAAGUCACACUGAGGAACCAGUGGAUACGGAAACCAAAACCAUGCUGAUGCACUGCAGAUCUCCAGCACCAGUCAGCACACCAGCCAAGGCGAACACACGCAUCAAGACUCCUUCCCAGAGAGUGAAUGUAGACGAUCUCUCAGACCUCAGGAAGCCCCCACGAACCCCAGGGGACACAGCAGAUACACAAAAAGAACCAGCAGGUGGUGCCAAAAGCAUGAAAGAAUUUAAGGAAGCUCCAGAACAGAAAUUGGAUUCAUCAGAAAAUGUAACUGGAAGCAGGAGGAGGUCGAGAACACCCAGGAGGAAGGCCCAACCCAUAGAAGACCUGGCGGGCUUCAAAGAGCUCUUCCGAACACCAGGUCACAUUGUGGAAACAGUGACUGAUGACAAAACCACCAAAACACCCUGCAAAUCUCCAAAACCAGAACCAGUCAGCACACCAACCAGCACAAAGAGACGUUCCAGAACACCUCUGGGGAAAGUCCACAUGGACGAAGAGCUCUCAGCACUCAGGAAACCAACACCAGGGGAAACCACACACUCACGUAGAGCACCAAUAAGUGAUGAUAAAGAUCUCAAAGCAUUUAAAGACACUCCAAAGCAGAAACUGGACUCAGCAGAAAAUAUAAUUGGGAGCAGAAGGUCAAGAACACCCAGGAGGAAGGUCCAACCCAUAGAAGACCUGGCCGGCUUCAAAGAGCUCUUCCAAACACCAGGUCACAUUGUGGAAACAGUGACUGAUGACAAAACCACCAAAACACCCUGCAGCUCUCCGAAAUCAGAACCAGUCAGCACACCAACCAGCACAAAGAGACGUUCCAGAACACCUCUGGGGAAAGUGGACGUGCAGGAAGCACUCUCAGCACUCAGGAAGCCAACACCGAGACCAGGGGAAACCACACACUCGCACAGAGAGCCAGAAGGUGAUGAUAAAAGCACUGAGUUAUUCAUGGAAACUCCAAAGCAGGAACUGGACUCCGCAGAAAAUGUAACUGGGAGCAGGAGGAGGUCAAGAACACCCAGGAGGAAGGUCCAACCCAUAGAAGACCUGGUGGGCUUCAAAGAGCUCUUCCAAACACCAGGUCACAUUGUGGAAACAGUGACUUAUGACAAAACCACCAAAACACCCUGCAAAUCUCCAAAACCAGAACCAGUCAGCACACCAACCAGCACAAAGAGACGUUCCAGAACACCUCUGGGGAAAGUGGACAUAGAGGAUGAGCUCUCAGCUCUCAGGAAGCCAACACCAAGACCAAGGGAAACCACACACUUAAACAGAGAACCAGAAGGUGAUGAUAAAGAUAUCAAAGCAUUUAAGGAAACUCCAAAACAGAAACCAGACUCAGCAGAAAAUGUAACUGGUAGCAGGAGGAGGUCGAGAACACCCAAGAGGAAGGUCCAACCCAUAGAAGACCUGGCCGGCUUCAAAGAGCUCUUCCAAACACCAAUUCACAUCGCAGAAACAGUGACUAACGACAAAACCAAAACACCCUGUAAAUCUCCACAACCAGAACCAGUCAUCACUUCCACCAGCAUGACGAGACGACUCAGGACACCUGUGGGGAAAGUGGAUGUGGAGGAAGAUCCCUCAGCACUCGGGAAGCCAACACCAGGGGAAACCACACACUCCCACAGAGAACCAAAAGGUGAUGAUAAAGGUAUCAUAGCAUUUAAGGAAACUCCAGAACAGAAACUGGAUUCUGCAAAAUAUGUAACUGGAAGCAGGAGGAGGUCAAGAACACCCAGGAGGAAGGUCCAACCCAUAGAAGACCUGGCCGGCUUCAAAGAGCUCUUCCAAACACCAGAUCACAUUGUGGAAACAGUGACUGAUGAUAAAAUAACUAAAACACCCUGCAGCUCUCCAAAAUCAGAACCAGUCAGCACACCCACCAGCUCAAAGAGGUGUUUCAGAACACCUCUGGGGAAAGUGGACGUGCAGGGAGCGCUCUCAGCUCUCAGGAAGCCAACACCGAGACCAGGGGAAACCACACACUCGCACAGAGAGCCAGAAGGUGAUGAUAAAAGCACUGAGUUAUUCAUGGAAACUCCAAAGCAGGAACUGGACUCCGCAGAAAAUGUAACUGGAAGCAGGAGGAGGUCAAGAACACCCAGGAGGAAGAUCCAACCCAUAGAAGACCUGGCUGGCUUCAAAGAGCUCUUCCAAACACCAGAUCACACAGUAGAACCAAUGACUGAUGACAAAACCACUAAAGUAUCCUGCCAGUCUCCACAACCAGAACCAGUCAUCACUUCCACCAGCAUGACGAGACGACUCAGGACACCUGUGGGGAAAGUGGACGUGGAGGAAGAUCCCUCAGCACUCAGGAAGCCAACACCAGGGGAAACCACACACUCACACAGAGAACCAGAAGGUGAUAAAGGUAUCACAGCAUUUAAGGAAACUCCAGAACAGACACCGGACUUAGCAGAAAAUAUAAUUGGGAGCAGGAGGAGGUCGAGAACACCCAAGAGGAAGGUCCAACCCAUAGAAGACCUGGCCGGCUUCAAAGAGCUCUUCCAAACACCAAUUCACAUCGCAGAAACAGUGACUGAUGACAAAACCAAAACACCCUGUAAAUCUCCACAACCAGAACCAGUCAUCACUUCCACCAGCAUGACGAGACGACUCAGGACACCUGUGGGGAAAGUGGAUGUGGAGGAAGAUCUCUCAGCUCUCAGGAAGCCAACACCAGGGGAAACCACACACUCCCACAGAGAACCAGGUGAUGAUAAAGGUAUCACAGCAUUUAAGGAAACUCCAGAACAGAAACUGGACUCAGCAGAAAAUAUAAUUGGGAGCAGGAGGAGGUCAAGAACACCCAAGAGGAAGGCCCAACCCAUAGAAGACUUGGUUGGUUUCAAGGAGCUCUUCCAAACACCAAAUCACAUGGAAUCACUGACUGAUGACAAAACCACCAAAAUACCUUGCAAACCUCAAAACCCAGAACCAGACAUCAUGCUAACAGGUAGAAACAGACGUGGGAAGGCACCUCAAGGCCAAGUGGUUGUAGAAGAUGAGCUCUCAGCACUCAGAAGGCCCACACGCACACUGGGGAAAACCACAAGGUCCCACAGAACACCAGAGGUUGCUGAUGAAGAUAUCAAAUUGUUGGAGGAAAUUCCAGAAGAGAAAUCGGAUCCUGCAGAAAAUGUAACUGGAAGCAGGAGGAGGCCGAGAACACGUAAGGAAAAGGCCCAACCCCUAGAAGACCUGGCCGGCCUCAAAGACGAACCAGAGACUCUUGUCAAAACCACUGAAACGGCCUCAAAAUCUCCACAGCCAGAAGCAGUCUUGCCAGCACGCAGGAAGAGGCAGGUCAGGGCGCCUCCCGGGAAGGCGGACGUGGAGGAAGAGCUCUUGGCACCCAGGAAGCCCACACGGACAUCAGCAAAAACCAUGAGGUCCCACAGAGCACCAGAGGUUGCUGAUGAAGAUGUCAAAUUGUUGGAGGAAAUUCCAGAAGAGAAAUCGGAUCCUGCAGAAAAUGUGACUGGAAGCAAGAGAAGGCCAAGGGCACGUAAGGAGAAGGCCCAACCCCUAGACCUGGCUGGCCUCAAAGAGCCCCUCCCAAUAUCAUGUCACACAGAAGAACCAGAGACUCUUGUCAAAACCACUGACAUGCCCUCCAGAUCUCCACAGCCAGAGGCAGUCUUGCCAACACGCAGGAAGAGGCAGGUCAAGGCGCCUCCCAGGAAGGCGGACGUGGAGGAAGAGCUCUCGGCACCCAGGAAACCCACACGGACAUUGGUGAAAACCACGAGGUCCCACAGAGCACCAGAGGUUGCUGAUGAAGAUGUCAAAUUGUUGGAGGAAAUUCCAGAAGAGAAAUCUGAUCCUGCAGAAAAUGUAACUGGAAGCAAGAGGAGGCCAAGGGCACGUAAGGAGAAGGCCCAACCUCUAGAAGACCUGGCCGGCCUCAAAGACGAACCAGAGACUGUUGUUAAAACCACUGACAUGCCCUCCAGAUCUCCACAGCCAGAGGCAGUCUUGCCAGCACGCAGGAAGAGGCAGGUCAGGGCGCCUCCCGGGAAGGCGGACGUGGAGGAAGAGCUCUCGGCACCCAGGACAUCAGGGAAAACCACGCGGUCCCACAGAGCACCCGUAGACAUCCAAGUGUUCAAGGAAUCCCCAAGGCAGAAGCUGGGUCCUGCGGCAAACCCGGAGGGCAGCACACGCCAGCUGAGAUCACGGAAGGGAAAGGCCCGGCCCCCAGAGGGCCCAGCCCGCUGCCAACAAUUGCAAAGCCCAGCUCGAGACGAGGAACUGGACACAGGCGCUGAGAGCGCUGGAACCCCAACGCAAGCCCCCGGCCAAAGCAAACCUGCAAAACCCAGAAGAGUCCUUUGGGCCCCGGACGUAAAGCCCGUGGGAGACCAGGCGGGCAGCAGAGACCCUGUAAAGCCCCCAAGGGGGAGCAGCGUUUCCCUGCCCCCCAAGAGGAAGCGUGAAGAUGGAAGUCCCACCAGAACGAGGAGGCUGCGCACUAGCACACGAGCGCAGGACCCUGCAGAGGAGAAGCCGCCACCAAAGCGACCGCGGACAGCUCCCCAAGAGAGGCGGGGAGCUUUGGCGGAAAGCACGGAAGACAUGCCCAGCAAGGACCUGGAAACGAAGAGUAGGGGCAGGAGAGCACCGGGGUCGACCUCCCCAGGCGAGGAAAUGUCCCUGCGUUCCAGACUCCCAAAUAAAACCAACAGAGCUGAGCAAACAGCCGGGAUUCUUGUAACAGCAGAGAAGGUGAAGACGAAGAGGAGUGGGAAGGAGCCCGUGCCGGCCUCCCCGGAGGUGAAGGGUCACACCCCAGAAGAUGGAGCCAGGAGUUCUGCACCUGGGGACACAGGCCGUGCGAGGAGGACGUGCCUGAGACCCGGGAGACGGGGGAAGGCGCCCUCGCCCAGCGCGGCCGGGGAGAAAGCCGGGGAGACACGUGUGGAAACCCCCGGGAAGACUCCGGAAGAGACCGAAGGAGCCCGGCAUGCAGGCUUCGCACACCGGAGGCCAAGGAAGGUGACAGUCCCUCCCCCCGGGGACACCUCGGAGAGCCGGUCCGAACCGAGAGUGACGCGGAGUGCCAAGAGGCCUGCGGGAAAGACAAGGCAGGAGGACGACGACACGGGCGUCAAGAAAAUAAGGACCCGAAGUCGCCGGGGCCGUGAGGAUGUUUAGCUCAGACGUUGGGG